CACGUUCAACCGACUUCUUACCUUAAAGCCAUUUGUCUUUCGAUUCACGCAUCGUCUAUUCGUCUUACCUUAUUAAUAAUUAUUCUAUUCUCAGCUUUUCCAAAAUCCAUACACUUACCUCAUCUGCCAAUAUUAAACUCCUCAAAUUUUACGAGGAUGCACUAUGCCGCAGGCAGAAUCAGCACGAAAACAAACCAACCCAGCAAGCCACCAGCUCACGGCAUGCCCCACUCCAUCCGAUUAACAUUCUAGAGAGAGAGAGAGAGAGAGAGAGUGACAGAACAGGAAAACAAAAGCAACUCGACCAAUCCGUUGUGUUUUCUUUUUAUUUUUAUUUUUUUUUUCGUUUGUUUCCCCCUUUUUUAGCUGGUUGUUCUUCGGGUUAACAUGGUGGGUAUUUUUUCAAGAUUUUCAGUGUCUAAAAAUGGGCACAGAAGAACUCAGAGUGCACUUGAUGAGAGGGAAGUGUUGCCCCCUAAGCCCGAGGCGACAGUGGCUACUACUUUAGCCGGAGCGUCCUCUGCCACCGCUCAUGGCAUUGAAAUCGCGCUUGGAUUUAAGCCGGUUGAACACCCAACCGAGCCUCUUGAAACCGACAGCCCUAUUCAAUGUCCACUGCCCGAACCUUCGAUACUUAAUGAUGGAAGAAUAUGGAAAGAGCGGGUUUCUGCUGUGCGAAAAACAGCCGAUUUGCCAGUUAUGCAGCAAGGGGCAGCUGGAGAGCCAGAGGGAGCCGGCACAGCACGUAGACCCCCUUCCGGGCGCUUGAUCCUUCCCUCGGUUAGUGCACCAGAACAUAGUAUCCUUAAACUGCUCGAAGAAUCUGGGAUUUAGCCGAACUCGCUGUUUUGUGCUGGAAUUUCUUUCCCAUACUUAGAACAUAUGCAUGUUUUGUUAUACUGCCUCAAGUCUGUUUCAUUUGUUUUGGCUGUUUUGUAUAGGUAUGUUAUUAUAAUAUAUGCAUGUAAUAUCUUUAAAUUUGCAAUAAAGAUUGUUUUGAAUCAA